AAGCCCAGGCUCGGCUCACUCUGGGUUGUCAUUCAACGUCCCUACGUUUCCCUACGGUGAAAAUUUUUUCUACUUUUUAAAAGAAGAACCUGAUUUUUAUUACCAGGAGUCAUGACACUUUUUCACUUUGGGAACUGCUUUGCUCUGGCCUAUUUUCCAUACUUCAUUACAUACAAGUGCAGUGGCCUCUCAGAGUACAAUGCUUUCUGGAGAUGUGUCCAAGCUGGAGCAACAUACCUGUUUGUCCAACUUUGCAAGAUGCUGUUCCUUGCUACAUUUUUCCCCACAUGGGAAGGUGGAAUGGGUGUUUAUGACUUUGUAGGGGAUUUCAUGAAGGCUACAGUGGACCUUGCAGACCUGUUGGGUCUCCAUCUUGUUAUGUCUCGUAAUGCUGGGAAAGGAGAAUACAAGAUCAUGGUGGCUGCUAUGGGCUGGGCAACAGCAGAACUUGUGAUGUCAAGGUUUCUUCCUCUCUGGGUUGGAGCCAGAGGGAUUGAGUUUGACUGGAAGUACAUUCAGAUGAGCUUUGACUCCAAUAUUAGUUUGGUCCAUUACAUCGCCACAGCAGCAGUUGUAUGGAUGUUCACCCGAUACGACCUUCCUAAGAGCUUCAGGCUGCCGGUGACUGUGCUGCUGUCUUUGUGUGUAUACAAGGCCUUCUUAAUGGAGUUGUUCAUCCAUGUCUUCGUGUUGGGCAGCUGGACAGUCCUGCUGGUGAAAGCUGUGCUGACUGGUGCCAUCUCACUCUGCUCACUUUUUCUGUUUGUCACUCUGGUUCACAGUAACUGAGGAAGACGCAGCAUUAACAGUCUGUUUAAACUGGACAGUGUGUUUUAAAUUCGAAGCUGACCUCGGAUGUCAGUCUUUGUCCUACAGCUUGUAAGGAUGAGAUUGGUUGUUGAUUUUGGAGGGUUGGGAGUGAUCUGACAAACCACCAGCUGUUACCUUUGCCAGUCCUUUCACUUGGUUCUAGUCUGUGUGGACCCAUGAAAUCAAAUGUGCUGAUGGGGGAAGUUUGGUCUACUUUUAGUUGAAGGUAAAAGCUGAACAAUGACAUCAGUAGGCUGCCGUAGUAUGAUUUGGUUUACGUUUAGGUGGGUUGGAUUUAUAGAAAUAUGAAUUUUGUAUCGGAACAAAUGAUUUGAAACUUUGUAAAUAACAUUUCUUUUUAGUAUUUUCAGUGAUUCAUUGUCAAUAAUUAAAGUUUGU